AUGGAGCCGGAGCUGGAGGAGCGGCUGCGAGAGGCGUUGCGGGACAGGCUGCGGCUGCUACCCCCGGGUGAGCGGGCCAGGCACAGCGGCGGCCCCGGCAGCCCUGCCCGAGGCACGGUGGCAGAUUCCCUGGCCAGGCUCUCCCUCCGCAGCCCGGCCGAGCUGCAGGCAGCCCGUGGCAGGACGGGGACAGCGCGGGGCCCCGCCACGCUCCCUCCGUCCACCCGUGUGCUGCUGAAGAGGCGGGAGGUGGCGGAGGCGGAGCGGGAGCUGCAGAACCAGCGGCAGGAGUUCCAGCAGCGAAUGCAGCGCCUGGCGCAGCGCCGGCAGCAGCUGGCCCGGAGGCGAGAGCAGCACCGCGACGCCGUGCUCAGAUUCGAGUCCUUCCUCAAGGCGGUGGCGGCCCGGCGGGAGCGGGAGCUGCGGCGGGCAGACGAGGAGCGGGCGCGGGCGGCGGCGGAGCGAGCGGAGAGCGCCCGGCUGCGGCGGGAGCUGGAGCGGCUGCGGCGGCACCGGGAGCGCCUGGCCCGGCGCCUGCGGAGCCUCCGGCCCUUCGGGGACUACCUGCGGGACGUGCUGGCCGCGAUGGGACAGUUCCAGGACGUGCCGGCCAUGCUGGUGCAUUUGGGGGUGCUGGCGGAGGUGCGGGCAGCCCUGGCACGGGAGGCAGAAGCCGGGCAGGAGCAGCUGGCCCAGGGCAGGGCACAGCUCCAGCGGUACCGUCAGGAGAGCAGCACCCAGCUCCUGGGCACCAGGAACGAGCUGGCACGGCUCCACACGCGCCUGGAGGCUGCCCGGCGGGAUGUGCUCCAGUGGGAGUCCUGCUGGACCCACAUCCAGAGCACAGCCACCCAGAAGACCCUGCUGCUGGGGCAGAUCAAGCUGGCUGUGCUGAACCUCUUCCAGCAAACCACGGCACAGCUCAGGAUCCCCACGGACAGAGCCCAGGAGGACACGAAGGCCCAGUUAGACAUGGUGCUGCACUGCAUGAAGGCUCUGUCUGACAUCUGUGCCACUGGCACACACCCACAGCACCACAGGAGUGUCAGGCUGCUUCAGGGCCACAAAUAGCCCCUGGGGACUAUCUGCCUGCUCCUGGGGCCAGGGAGAGGCUGCCAGGGCCAGCACGGAGCCACAGGACCCCUGUGCACGGAGGCAAUUCCUGCAAGUCUGGAAACUCCAUGUGAAGAGGCAACAUGGACAGUAGUGGCACAGUCACACUGGGGUGGCACCACACCCAGGCAGGGCCAGGGCACUCCUGAGGUUCCCUCCUGCACAGAGCACCCCAGGCAGGACAACGAGGAGGAGGGAGCUGCUGAAGGUGCUUCACAUCAAAAUACAUCUGGCU